CGUCGGAACCCUGGUCUAUGGCUAUGCUCAUCGUCGUGUCCACCUUGAGUUUCCUGACAGGCGUCCUUUACGUGGAGAUGGCGUGCAGUGUGGUGCGCACCAUGAAGUACGGCACACAGCGAGGCUACACCCUAUUCAUCCUGGGGCUGGCGCCGGUCUUUAGCCUGACAUCAUUGACUGGUAUCUACAUACCUAAAGCGACCCUCGUAGGUGUUUGGGCAUCCAGUGUUUAUCUCUCAGUCUCGCUCUACAUCUUCCUGAUGCUGGUAUUCACGUACUUCGGAGGGCCGGAUGAGAUGGUAGCUAAGUUGGCCACAACCACGAUCAGUCUGGCGCAGCCGCCACUCGCUUGCUGCUGUCCUUGUUGCUGCCGCAAGAUUAGGCUGACGAGUACCAACUUGCAUCGUUUGCGGGGGGCGGUGCUUCAGAUGGCUGUGGUGUAUCCCUUGACGUACUUCAUCACCGCCAUACUGUGGGCGGACGGUCUCUACGAUCCCUCAAAGGUGGACCCCACAUCUGCCUAUCUGUACCUGUCAGUCACCAUGUUGGCAUCAACGCUGACCGCCAUGUAUGCCUUGACCAUCAUAAACGUAGCGGCCGAUGCCAGCCUAGCCGCCAUGUAUGGAACAUUCCGUCUCCGGUUCUCCCUGCUCCAGUUCUUCAUGAUCGUUCCCAGUAUCCAGGGGCUGGUUAUCACCAUCAUCUCCCAGGUGGUGUGGUUCCCCUGCAGUGGCGUCCUGGCGCCGAGUAUUAGAGCCAGCCUGUUGUACAACAUGCUGGUCGUUAUCGAGAUGUUCCUUCUGCUCGUCAUUGGCCGAUGCAAGUCGCUCCUGAACGAUUACCAUCGGCCGCUGCUGCUAGGCCCCAACCAAGACGCCUCGCUCAGCAGGUCCCAGACACAGCACCGCUACGCCGGUAUUCCAGACGCGACCUCGCCGAUGCUAGACGCGGAGGGCAACAAGCCCGCCUUUCCCACGCACCUCCUGGACGUCGAGAAAGGCCAGGGAAUGGUCGUGUUGAACGGUAACCAGACGCCUUUUUCAAAUGGGCCUCGCAAGGAAAUCCAAACUGAUGUUUGAAGAGACACAUAGUGGAACAUUUUAUUCAAAAUUCUUUUUGAUGCUUUAUUUUUGGCGAUCACGAAAAUGUUCGCAGUGAGCAAAGUGAUUCUUUCAAGUGCACAUGGAACGUGUUUCAGCUAUGCAUGUGGGAUGUAGCGCGUAUCAAGAUUUUCCGACAGAGAUGCGGGUUCGUAUUGAGGUACUUAAGAUGUAUAUGCCUUUGCAACGUGAAGAUUACCCUUCGGCGUAGAGACAUUCCUGGAAGAUGUUUGUAGCAAAACGUGCCUCAUUGUUUUGUAUUUAAUUGGUGUUACGUAUCAAAGUAUAUUAUUGUUUUUGUCAUUGAUCAUUUUAUCACUUACUUUACACAGCGAAAUAGCUUGCCCUAGUAAAUACUAACUCAAAAUGUUAGUCGAUACUUAGCCGAUAAGAGCCGCUUCACGCCUCCGUCUCGGCCGCGCAAAGGCCGAAUUUAGUGAGCCUUUUCCAUACAUCACCCUUUUCAAAUAUCUGCUGAGGUUAUCCCAAUCGGACAAAAUGGUUCGCAACUUAACUCGAGCCGCACUGAUGUCCAGAUGGACAUUUUAACAUUUAUGGCGUCUAGCAGGCAACGCUGACAUGCUUUGCAAGAACGCAGCCGUUAACAGUCAAACUCAGAACAUCUGGUGCGCAAAAAUGUGCCUCGAUGAAAAUGUACAAUUUUUGCUUUCUGAUGUUUUGGGGUUCUGAAUCAAGUAGGUACUAAACACCCUCAACCAAAUACUUGUAAAUACAACCCGAGGCUACGAUUUUAAUAGUGUUUAUAAAUAUACAUAUCACUCGGUUAAGACGAACAUAGUGACUUCAAUGUCAUAGUUUUCUUACAUGCAGUAGUUUUUAAUCGAACGUAGGAUACCAUACAAACAAUGCUUGGCCACUAGCUUUGUCUUAAUACCUGCACAAAUCGAAAACACUGAUUACAGGAUGCUGAUUUUAUACAAUACUGACAGUAUUACUGCAUCAGUACUUGAGGCUGAUUACUAGACUUAAUUAACCACACUCUCAUGACACUUUGUGACCGACUCUAUCGAACACAGGCCAAAGUACAAAUGCAAGUACAAAUGCUGCACUGCCAAAUGUGUGGUUCCUUGUAUUAAUGCAUGCUUGUACAAUUCAUAUUUUUUGUAAGCAAAUGGUUCACUUUAGACGCAACAUGUUCAUGUACCCACAGUCUGUUUUCUGUUUGUAUUUUGAAAAUAAAGUAUACGGUGCUUUUAUAAGGGAAAGUUCUGCCCCCUAAAAAUUCUUCCUUAAUAAAGAAUAUUGCCCUGGGUAGGAAUU